UUUGAUUUGGGCACACCACGUUUUGCGACUGCAGACAUGUGGUCCACUCUCCUUGUAAUGUGUCUUCUACUUGCUCCUGGCAUCUAUUCUGUUCAGUGGUGCUACCACAGCCAGUAUUCCUGUCAGGAUCAGUGCAGAAAGCCAGAUAAAUGGUUCCUAGAUGUUCCAACGUGUGGAGGCCAGAAGCAAUCACCCAUUAACAUUGUCACAAACAAGGUCCAGUUUGAUCCCAGUCUGAGCCCGAUCAUCUUUGAAAACUAUACACAAGUUCUGAACAUCACUGUGUGGAACGUCGGAUAUGCUGCUGUGUUUGGUCUUCCUCCCUCUGCACGGAUUCGUGGUGGGGGUCUACCUGCCACCUACAAGGCCAUUCAGUUUCACCUACACUGGGGGGUGACAGGUGGGCUGGGAUCAGAACAUACUGUGGAUGGUGAGCAGUACCCCAUGGAGGUCCAUAUUGUUCAUAUAAAAGAGCAGUAUGAAACGCUGAAGCAAGCCAUGGAAGAUCAAGAGGGUUUAGCAGUUCUUGGCUUCUUCUUUGAGGUGUCAUCAGAUGAAAACCAGCAAUUUAAUAAAGUGAUUGAAGCAUUGCAAAGAGUUCCAUACAAUGGGAACAGCAGAAUGAUCCCUGAAUUUAGGUUGACUGAUAUGAUGACGUCAAUUGAGAACCUCUCAAGUUACUACCGAUACUCAGGUUCUUUGACCACACCUAGCUGUGAUGAGACUGUUAUCUGGACUGUCUUUCAACGGUCAGUUCCCAUCAGCCAUCAACAGCUGAAUAAUCUAACUGAAGCAAUGUUUAUCGAGACUGGACAACCCAUGACUGACACCUUCCGUCCAGUGCAAAAAUUAAAUGGCCGUAUGGUGUACAAAUCCAUGGCAAAUGCCUCGUCACGUUGUGGCUGUGUGCUGUCACUUCCACUCAUUCUGCUAAAGGGUCUAAUCUUUGUAUUUGGAAUGAAAGAAUGA